AUGGGAAGUUGCUUAUCCAAGCAUGAUCUCAACUCUCAAAUUGAUUUGGUAAUUGAAAUUUUGAAGCGUCCAGGAGAAGUCCUCCCUGUUUGUGCUAGCCAAGGAGUGUUCAAAGUUGUAAGAGAAAAAUGGGGAGCAAAUUUCGAGUCUUUUGUGUCGGAUAAAAUAACCGUGGUUGCCGGUGAUACAUCGUACGAGAACUUAGGACUUACUGUUGAUCAGCUGAAAGAAAUGCACAAGGAUAUAGAUGUCGUUAUCAACGUAGCAGCAACCACAAAAUUUGAUGAAAGGUAUGAUGUUGCGUUGGGUGUUAAUACCCUAGGAGCCAAAAAUGUUGUAAACUUUGCAAAGAAUUGUUCUAGAAUCCAGUUUGUCAGAGUUCACCUAUUUGGGAUGAACUUCUGCAAAGAAAACUGA